GCGCGCUCCCGUGACAAUGUCCGCCAUUUUGAUUCGAAUAUGACAGAUUUUUUUUCCUGCUUUGAAGGCGCUGUGAGGUUUGCGCUUGGAUUUUUACGUGUAUUUUGAUGCAGAACUGAAACAGAGGCGGGUGAAACUGCGAAGUGCUCGAAAUCCUCGAGAAAUUGUUUUGCAUUAGGGCCGUCGGUUAGUAAAUAAACGAUUUCCUGGAUGUUUAGCUGUCUGGCUACAUCAACAAAACAGAUUUCAUCCCCCUUUCUCAAGGUUGAGGACAGUGACUAGGUGCCGGUGCCACGGAGGUCCAGUUCCAUGCGGAUGAAAGCAAGUGUCUGCCGUGCACCCUGCAGUCUACAAGCCCAAUGUUUGCCUGCCUGCGAGAGAGGUUUCAUUAAGGAUACACACAUUUUACCAACAGACCUGUGUGCCCUGCCACCAUGUUCUGGAAGUUUGACCUGCACACCACCUCCCACAUCGACAAGCUGCUGGACAAGGAGGAUGUGACCCUGCAGGAGCUGAUGGAGGAGGAGGACGUGCUGCAGGAGUGCAAGGCCCAGAACCGCAGGCUGCUCCUCUUCCUCAGCCAGGACCACUGCAUGCAGGAGCUGGUCACCCUCAUCACCCGGGAGCCGCCCGAGGACAUGGAGGAGAAGAUCCGCUUCAAGUACCCCAACAUCGCCUGCGAGCUCCUGACCUCGGACGUGAACCACAUCAACGACAAGCUGGGCGGGGACGAGUCUCUGCUGGAGACGCUGUACGGCUUCCUGGAGCAGCAGCCCCCGCUCAACCCCCUGCUGGCCAGCUUCUUCAGCAAGACCAUCGGCAACCUCAUCGCCCGCAAGACCGAACAGGUCAUCACCUUCCUGAGGAAGAAAGAGGGCUUCAUCGGCCUGGUGCUGAAGCACAUCGACACCUCCGCCAUGAUGGACCUGCUGCUCCGGCUCAUCAGCUGCGUGGAGCCUGCCCCCUUGAGGCAGGAGGUCCUCGCUUGGCUGAACGAGGAGAAGCUGGUUCAGAGGCUCGUUGGGCUCAUUCACACGGGCCAGGACGAGGAGAGGCAAUCCAACGCUUCACAGACCCUGUGUGACAUCAUCCGUCUGAGCAGAGACCAGGCCACACAGCUGCAGGAGAGCAUGGAGCCGGACCCCCUGCUCGCUGUGCUGGAGUCGCAGGAGAGCGUGGAGGAGCUGCUGAAGAACAUGUUCCCGGAGGAGAAGAGCGAGGCCUGCAUCGUCAACGGAACUCAAGUGCUGCUUACCUUACUGGAAACCAGGAGGCCGGGGUUGGAAGGGCUGAUGGACCUGUGUUCUCAGGGAUAUGAAAGGUCUUACACUGUCAACAGCAGCAUACUACAGGGCAUCCAGCCUCAUCUAAAGGACUUCCACCAGCUGCUCCUCCAGCCCCCCAAGAAAGCGGCGAUGCUGACGACGAUCGGCCUGCUGGAGGAGCCGCUGGGGAACUCGCGGCUGCACGUGGCGCGCAUGGUGGCCUCCCUGCUGCAGGCCAGCACGCCCAGCGUCAGCCAGGAGCUCUGCCGCCUGGACACCGUCGACCUGCUGCUGGAUUUGUUUUUUAAAUACACCUGGAACAACUUUUUGCACUUACAAGUGGAGCUGUGCGUCGCUGCCAUCCUGAACCACGCGUCCCAGGAGGAGAAGGCCAUGGGCACCCUGGGGCAGGAACAGGGGGGGGUGCAGGGGCAGGGGCAGGGACAGGGGGCGGGGCAGGAGCAGACGCAGGGGGGGCAGGAGCAGGGGUGGGGGUGGGGCAAGAGCAGGGAAGGGGAGGGGCAGGGGGCGGGGCAGGAGCAGGGUAAGGGGCCGGAGCAGGGGAAGGGGCAGGAGCAGGGGCAGAAGCAGGGGCAGGAGCAGGAUAAGGGGCAGAAGCAGGGGCAGGAGCAGGAUAAGGGGCAGGAGCAUGGGCAGGAGCAUGGGCAGGAGCAGGGGCAGGAGCAGGGGAAGGGGGAGGGGCAGGGGCAGAAGCACGGGCAGGAGCAGGGGCAGGAGCAGGGCGAGGGUGGGGCCAGCCAGAUGACCGGCCCGGACACGCCCGACGCUUCCGGACACAACGUCCUGGUUGCUCACCUCUUCCAGAAGUGUCGAUUGGUGCAGCGGAUACUGGACGCCUGGGAGGAAAACGACAAAAUUCAGGCUGAGGGGGGGAUGAGGAGGGGGAACAUGGGGCACCUGACCAGGAUAGCCAACGCCGUGGUGCAGAACAUGGAGAAGGGCCCCGUGCAGGCCCAGGUCGCCGACCUCAUCAAAGAGCUGCCAGAGGACUGCAGAGGACGCUGGGAAAGUUUUGUGGACGAGACGCUGACAGAAACCAACAGGAGGAACACUGUGGACCUGGUGAGCUCGCACCACCUGCACUCCUCCAGCGAGGACGACGACAUGGAGGGCCCCUUCCCCAACGAGCUGUCACUCCAGCAGGCGUUUUCGGAUUAUCAGAUCCAACAGAUGACGGCAAACUUUGUGGAUCAGUUCGGGUUUAACGACGAGGAAUUCGCAGAGCACGACGACAACAUCAAUGCCACGUUUGAUAGGAUUGCAGAGAUCAACUUCAGUUUGGAUGCGGAUGACGACAGCGCGAAUUCCGCCGUGUUCGAGGCCUGCUGCAAGGAGAGGAUACAGCAGUUCGACGACAACGAGGAAGAGGAGGACAUCUGGGAGGAAAAGGAAAUUAACUAUGCAACACAAGUCAGAUCCAGAACAAGGUUUGGGGUCUCGCGCACCUCCGAGGGCUCCUCCAGGACUGACAUGGAGAACGGGGAGCGGGGUCGAGGCGCCGGUUCGGGCGAGGAGGAGGCGGAGUCCAAAGAGAGCUCCACCCACACAGAAAACAGCAAAAACGCCAGCCAGACUGAGGCCAAAGAGGCGGAUUCCACAGGAAGCCCAGGAUGGACGGCCAGCUUCGAGGACGCGGUGAACUCGAAGGCCCCCGCCCCCGGCACGGCGGUGGACGUGGGUGCCGGACUGUGGGACUCCGCCUCCCCGCAGCGAGACUCCGCCCACAUCGAGGACAAAGGGUGGGCCAAGUUCACCGACUUCCAGCCUUUCUGCUGCUCAGAGUCCGGCCCCAGGUGCAGCUCCCCGGUGGAUUCCGAGAGCACCGAUUCGGAAGGGCGUCCCAAACAGAGCCAGGAUAAGAGCUUGAAGGGCUCGUCGCCGUGCGCGUGGAACGUGUGCGUGGCCAGGAAGGCGCCGCUGGUGGCCUCGGACAGCAGCUCCUCCGGCGGCUCCGACAGCGAGGAGGACGAGGAGGACAAAGCCGACAUCGUCACGGAGACCAUCACCACGGGCGCCGGCAAGGAGACCAUCAAGCUCACCAUGGACGCCAAGAACGAGAAGGCGGUCUUCACGAGGCCGGACACGCACAGAGUUUUUAGGCCUGCAGACAGAGGCGAGGAGGCGGAGACCGCGCUCAUGGCCAAGCUCAGCAUCGCCGACGGACCCCAGAAGGGGGCGGAGCUCCCCGAGAAAACGGAGGCAGCGGGCGACCCGCUCAACGCCACGGCGACCGCCAGCCCUGCCACAGACCUCACUGUGACGGACAAGAAAGAGGAGGCGCCCUCACCUGUGGAGCCCACUCUCAACGGGCCGGCCUGACGCUGCCGGGACCAGGACAGGUCGGACCCUCUCUGUACCGCUUCCAUUUUACUCCAAAAAAAAAAACAACCUCCUCCAUGCAACUUUCUCGUGUUUGCAAUUAAA